CAUGAGCUUCUCCAUGAGGUUGCUCGAGACACGCAAGACGGCCACCCAGCGUGAGAUCUACUACACCUUCGUCAAGCACUUUGCAAAUCAGACGAAGUGCAACGACGCCAUCCUAGACUGCUGCAGCUUGCUCGGCGAGCCGCGCCACUGCCUUGGCAUUGUCGCGAGCUCCAGGGGUUACCUGGCGGGACGCAUAUCCGUUCGCGGCGAGGGGUUCCAGGACUGGCAAGACCCUAGAUCCACUGGCGGGUCAUCGGGUUUGGCGAUCACUUCCGACUGGCUAACGCGUCCCCUGGAGCUCAAGUCCGACGCUCGUAUCAUCCUCGUCGUUGAGAAAGACGGGGUUUUCAACCGCAUGGUUGAGGACGGAUUUUGCGACAUCACCGGGCAAGGGUUCCCGCCUUUGGCGGUUCGAGCGUGCGUCUACAGGCUGGCCGAGGCCUUGGACUUGCCGGUGCUUGGUCUGGUCGACUGCAACCCGUUUGGGCUCAGCGUCUUUCUCCAGUACAAGGAGGGCUCAUCGAAGCAGGGACGGGGCUCCGCCAAGUUCAGGGUGCCCGAAAUGAAGUGGGUGGGUCUGCGCCCUUCCCAGCUUGACGAUCUGGACCUUCCGGAGGAGGCGAGCAAAAAAAUAAUAACAGAGGUGCACCAGACGCUCUCUCAGCAAGACCUCGCCAGGGCGCAAUCCGUCGCCAACUCUACGCUUGUCACAGACAACCCCGAUACGUAUGGGGAGGAGGCAGAGUACUGGCUCGACACCGAAAACCCAGGAUCA